CAGCUGUGCACUUUCCAGGAGGGAUAUGAUUGGUUGCUUUACAGUAAUAAAUUAAAAGCACCUAGAAGUGGAGGAAGUAGCAAGACAUAAGCCCGCAACUACAAUACGACACAAUCUGAGAAGCUGGGGAGUUUCCAGUCUUAAAACUGACAGAGGAAAUAACAGUCCCACAUUGGUCUUCUCAGUGGUGCAUUUAACAUUCACUAUUGUUGAAGUAAAACAUCAUUAGGAGGAAAGAAGAUACCUGUGGCACUCUGGAGAGGACAAGCAUCUGGAUACUGUUGACAGUUUUCUGAAAUAUUUACAGAGAAGUAGGGGAUGUUGACAAUUCUUUUCUCACCAUUCCGGCACUGCUCAGCUUCACAGAAGCGGAUCCCAUCGGGAACACAUAUGAACGAGUGGAUGUGGGGAACGCCAUCCUGCAGUUCAGAGCAGACAUGUUCGCUCUUUACAAGUUGCCAAAGCAUGCCAAAGGGCAGAUUCCCACGCUGGGACUGGAGUACCUGUACAUGGAUGCCCUGGCCCCGCAGUGGCAGCCCGGGAAAUACCUGAUCAACGUGACACAGGGCGCUCUGGGACAAACACUGCAGCAGCUCUAUGACACCUAUGAGUCCAAGGAGAACACCACUGCAUAUGCCAUGUACAACGAUGAGGUCCCUAAAUCAGACUCCAAAGGGUCGAAAUGUGGACACACCAAAGGAUUUCUGCUCUUGGAUAAAUCACAAGGCUUCUGGGUGAUUCACAGUGUGCCCCUGUUCCCUCCCAUCCCUGAGGAUGGUUAUGGAUAUCCAUCUACUGGGGAAUCCUUUGGACAGACAGCCAUCUGUAUAACCUUCAAAUAUGAUCAGUUCACAAAAAUAGACCAACAAAUGCUGAGUUAUAAUCCAGGAAUCUACAGCUGUUCCAUCCCUGACAUCUUCCAAGCUGAUCUCCCAAAUCUGCAGAAACUCUGUGCAAAGUCCAGGCUGCCCCCAGCCCCCUUGCACCACCUCUCCAAGCUCCAGUCAGCUCAUGGGGAACCCUUUCUCCACUUUGCAAAGUCACACUUGUUCAUAGAUGAUAUCUAUGUGGCCUGGAUGGCUCAGGAACUGAAGACUGAUUUGUUGGCUGAAUCCUGGCAGCGUUCUGGUGAAAAACUUUACUCAAAUUGCUCUCUUGACUACCAUGUCUACAACAUAAACAUAAUAGGGAUGCCAUUGAACUCCACCUUUCACUCCAUUAAUGAUCAUUCCAAAUGGGCUGUUUCAAGGAAAUACAAAGAUCAGUGGACAUGCAUUGGGGACUUGAACCGUGCUGCUGAGCAAGCUUGGAGAAGUGGUGGGUUCAUCUGUACCCAGAACGAGCAGAUCUACCAAGCCUUCAGGAAUUUGAUAGUCCACUAUGAAAGCUGCACUUCUGCUCCCGGAGAGCUGUAACCAACCAUUCCUCCCAACUAGCACAGCCCCUGUUACAUGGGAAGUGUAGGAAAUGUCUCCUUUGAUCUGUGUUUUCACUCUGAAAGCAGCCCUGUGAGUUUCCAGGUGUGCUAGGCCAUGCCCUUGUUAGCUGUAGGAGCAGGUGGUGUGCAGGUGAAGGGCAGCUGUUUUCCUGCGUGUGGGGCCCUCAGGGGAUGCGUGCUGGGCCCUGCUCUUCUCCCCUGGCUCCUCUCACCAUCCCUGCUGGGAUGGAAUGGGACAGGAGGGACACUGCUGCACGGGGCUGCCCCAAAGCACAUCCCUGUGAACGCCUGCACGGGCAUCCCUGCGCUCCCGGGGACGUGGGCUGGACGUGGGACCACAGAAACCUCUCGUGAGCUGGGCUGGCAGGACUGGGCAGGUAGCAUGGGCUAAGUACCCCCACAUACUUCAAAACUGCCCUGGAUUUCUGGCACUGUUGAGAUAAAUCCCAGCAUUUCUGCUCAGCUUGGACUGAAUCUCUAAAGAGCUGAGAAAAUAAGAUCUGGACAGGGAGAUGAGUAGAUCUCAGGACAGGAAGGCCUAAUUUUUACAUGAUUCAUUUUUAGAGAAUUAAUGAACUUUAAAUCGUCUUUAAAUUAUCUGUAACCAAUAGCUUGGGAAUAUUUCUAGUGCUUUUAAUCAUGUACAGCAAUUUUAUAACAAAUAAACAUGUCUAAACUAUGAAUAAGCAAAAUAAGGAGUAACAGUGGUCUGUUUACAUUCUCCCUCUUCCAUCUGUAGUGUUAUUUGUGGUUGGUUACAAUGUUUUUAGCUGGCAAAAGAAAAAUUGAGGCAAUUAAGAAAAAAUAUAAAAUAUAUUUGAAGAAAGGUGCUAUUUAACCUACACUUUCACAUUGCAACAAAUGUGGCUGUUGAUUUUCAGUAUCUCCAAUCCUAGACUUAGGACCUGAAGUUUGCAUGGACUUGCUAUAAAGACAAAGCUGAUUUGCAAAAUCCCAAUACACUCUUGUGUUCAGAUUUCAAAAGUGUAUCUGUUUAAUAUGUUUCUAUCUCUUUUUUUCCUGAAUUGCUAAUAUAAACUCCAGUCUGAAGAUCUGGCUGUCCCACUGAUAUUUCUGUUUUGCUGUGUUCAUAGUCAGUACCACUGAUCCUCCACGGAAGUAGGUAUGAAGAAAUGCCCCACAACCACAAGAGGUUGCCAAAGAUUUCUUUCCCCUUUCACCCUGAAUAAUCAGCCAAACAACAAAGUGUACAAAGUGUCAAACAAAUUAAUUUCAGAAAACAUUUAUGCAUAUUUCUUGAAGAGAUAGAAAUCAUGUAUGUGGCCUGCAUAAUGAAGGGAAAUGUACAAGAAUAGGUUUCAUAAUUAGCCAGUCUGCAUCGAAGGUAGCUCAUAGCUUGAGUCUCAUGGCUCAAUAAAAACAGUUUUGUUGCUUAGAUAUCCUGCAAGAAAUUUUUUAUUUUAUUUCUCUGCAUAUGACCCAAUAAUAUUUGAUAAAUAAUUUGUUUGAUAAUGUUCUUUCUCUGACACCUGUCAAAUUGUUUUACAUAUUUACUUCUUGUUUUGCUAGCUGUGGUCAAGCAACACUUUUUGUGGCAGUGAAAAUUGCCAGUGACAGAGAACACUGUGCCAUGGGAUGGUGUAGAGCAUGCUCAGAUAAGCCAAGACAAAAUUAAUCUCUCUUGCCUAUCUUUUCAUGGCAGACACUAACCUAACCUGCCUGGCUGAGCUCUUGUAUUUUGCCCACAGCUUUGUGUAAGUACAGCUUCAGUGUACAGGACUGGCAAGAAAUUCCCCGCUGGAGACGGUGCUGGUGAGCUCACCCUGUGUGUCACAGAUCGCCUGGGUCUGUGGCACAGCCUGUAUUUCUGGUAGUAUUUUCAAUUACUCAGCCACAGCAUUUGAGUCACAGGGUUCAAUAGCAAAGUCUCUGUCCCAUUGGUUGUCAGUGUUGCCAACCUGCUGCUCCCCAGGCCAGGAGUCACCAGUGCAUCACUUGAAAUAAGUGCUGAUUGCUGUUCUUAAUUAUUUGAUCAAUUAAUAGCUGUCAUAAUGUUUUACAAGACCACUUAAACAUUCCUCUUUCAUUAUACCCAAGACUGAUUGCCUCCAUUUUAGCUGUAACUGAGGAAGCGUAAAGAGCAGUGGAAGAUGCAGAGAAGCAGCUGUACCAUACAGCACCACAAGCACCUCAGCAGCCUGGCUGUGCACACACUCAUUUCAGUAGGGCAGCAAUAAAAGGGCUGCAGAUCUGGUUCUCUCAUUUUUUGACUGUAAACAGCUUCAAUUCGGUUCUGCUUUUGUUGUGUAACUUCUGUAUUUGCAUAUCCUUGUAUUUCUGCUACACAUGUUAUGAAACAUGGGCAGACUGUUUCCUAAAAGAGACUAAUAAUCAACAAAAUAAACUGUAUAUAUUUUUAAAGGGUUUGUAACUCUAAGACUUUCUUUGAAAACGCAAGACCAAAAGCCACUUACUCAAUCUCAUGGGCCCUCACAGCAUGCCCUGGGUGAAAUGUUUACUUUUUGCCUAUUUUUUAUAUACAUUAAUAAAGUUUUUAAAUUUAAAAUAA